AUGAAAUCCCGUCAGAAUCGAGACGAGAUUGUGCUUGCGAUCAAAUACACGGCCCCAUUCCCAUAUGAACAAAGGGAGAAAAUCCAAGUUGACUUUGGCGGCAACGGGACUAAAUCACUUCGCCUCUCUCUUGAGGCGUCCCUCAAAAAGCUCGGAACAACUUAUAUCGAUAUCUUCUAUGUUCACUGGUGGGACUUUACCGUCAGUAUUCCAGAAUUUAUGCGUACUCUGGACGAUCUCGCCGCCGCUGGAAAGAUUUUGCAUCUUGGAAUCUCCGACACCCCAGCCUGGGUUGUUUCGAAGGCAAAUGAAUACGCUCGCUGUCAUGGCCUCCGCCAAUUCGUGGUUUACCAGGGCUUAUGGAAUGCGGGUACCCGCGACUUCGAACGUGAUAUCCUCCCUAUGUGCUGCGCCGAGGGUAUGGCAGUGGUUCUAUACGGGACAUUGGGACAAGGCCGCUUUCAGACCAAAGCAGCAUUUCAGGAACGCGAAAAAACCAAUCCUGGUCGCACUGGACCACCGAUCAAUGAGCACGACAAGGCAAUCUCAUCGGCUCUCGAGGAGGUCGCCAACGCUCGAAGCACCGAUAUCGCAAGUGUGGCUCUUGCGUAUAUCAGGAGCAAAGCACCCUACAUUUUUCCACUUAUUGGCGGCCGUAAAGUGGAACACCUCAGAGGAAACAUUGCAGCUCUGGAAUUGACUUUGAGUGAAGACGACGCGAAAGAGAUUGAAAAGGCUUACUACUUUGACCAUGGGUUUCCGCAUACUUUCCUUAGUGGUAGUAGGUUUGGCCAAGGUACUCCUAGAGGUGCUUUCGGACCUCGCGAUGUCUUUUUAAGUGACCAGAUGGGCCACCUCGACUGGGUUCAGGCGGAGAGGUCACUUGACUCCUACUACAGUUGA